GUUGUAUUAUUUAUUUUUGUUUCCUCUCUUAGCUCUGCACUAAAGCUUCUUCCAUAUCUCCAAUGGCAGAACCAAGCUCAAUCAAAGUGGUUGAGGUUUGCAAGGCAGCCCCAAAUCCAAGCUCACCGGAUGAUCAGUCUCUUCCUCUAACCUUCUUUGAUAUCUUGUGGCUAAGGUUUCCACCAAUUCAACGCGUUUUCUUCUUCGAAAUACCUUCAUUCAACACAUCACUCUUCUUUGAUUCCAUACUUCCGAAGCUCAAAACCUCGCUCUCCGUCACCCUCCAACACUUUGUACCUCUAGCAGGAAAUCUCACCUGGCCUCAAGACUCUCCUCCCAUUAUCAAUUAUGUCAAAGGCAACGCCGUUUCGCUCACAAUAGCUGAGUCUAAUGCUGAUUUUUACCAUCUAGUUUCAAGCAACAGCUUUAGCGUUGAGGCCAAAGAAUACCAUCCUCUUAUACCCCACUUGGCGGUGUCUCAUGACCAAGCUGAAGUGCUAGCAUUGCAAAUCACCGCCUUUCCCACCGGCGGUUUUUCCAUUGGAUCAGCUGUGCACCAUGCUGUCCUUGACGGCAAGACUUCAACCAUGUUUAUGAAAUCAUGGGCUCAUAUAUGCAAACAUGGAGGACAAGGACUGUCUUCGCCGUUGUUGCCAAGUUAUGACAGAAUGGCCAUCAAAGACCCGGCAGGGCUCCACGCAAUCCUCUCGAAGGACUGGUUAAGAUACAGUGGCUCCAACAAUAGAACCUUAAUGUCUUUAGGGUUUACAGGUGCAGGAAGCUUGAUUCGAGGUAGCUUCGAAAUCACACGUGCCAAAAUAGAAUUCCUAAGACAAUCAGUGAUGUCUAUGAUGGCAAAGGAGAAGCAACAAGCUGGUCAUUCAGUACAACUUCAUUUGUCAACGUUUUCGCUAACGUGUGCCUAUACAUGGGUUUGCUUAGUGAAGGCUGAGGAGAUCAAAACAAAGAAAGUACUUUUCAUCUUUAACGUGGACUGUAGGUCUCGCUUAGACCCUCCUUUACCGGCAACAUAUUUUGGGAAUUGCAUUGCAGCCCGUGGUGUAAUUGCAGAAACAGACGACCUGGUGGGAGAAGAUGGGUUGUUCGUGGCCUUAACUGCGGUUAGUACACCUAUAAAAAGGUUGGACACUGACGGUGUUUUGAACGGGAUGGAGACUUGGAUACCACGCAUGUUCGAUGCAGAGACUAGUACUGAUAGAUUAUUUUCUGUUGCUGGUUCGCCUAGGUUUGAGCUAUAUGAUGCAGCUGAUUUUGGAUGGGGAAGACCAAGGACAAUUGAAUUCGUUUCGAUAGAUAGGACUGGAGCGAUCUCUCUUUCAGAUAGCAAGAACGGUGGAGGAGGUGUUGAGAUUGGUUUGGCUUUGAAAAAACAUUCUAUGGAGGCUUUUGCUUCUCUAUUUGCUGAAGGACUUGAACAACUUUGACUUUUUUUUUUUUUUUUCCCUUUAUGUAUUUUGCUCUUAAUAAUUUGAUCUGAGGAAGAUGGUCAGUUGUGUUUAUGAUGCAUCUUUAUCUGUUUGAUUUGGAUUCUGUAUAAAUUUUCAUGGAAUGAACUUAUAUGAGAUUUGAGUGCAACUCAUGUUCAUCAUAUUUUUCAUUUA